AUGUUUGCCUCGUUACGCACUUCUCGCAUUGGCGCAACCACAUCUCUAGCUUGUCUCCGAUUAGCGGCUGUUUCUACAGGUCGUACUCCUAUUGUUUUCACUGCCAGAAUGGCUUAUUCAACUGGUGGCUCUUAUGAGCACAUUGUCGUUUCCAAACCAGCCACUGGUGUUCGUUUAGUUACUUUGAAUCGUCCCAAGGCUUUAAAUGCUUUGUUUUCUCCCUUGAUUGCAGAAUUGAACCACGCUCUAUUCGAUGCUGACAAGGAUCCCGAAAUCGGUGCAAUUGUCAUUACUGGUUCUGAAAAGGCUUUUGCUGCUGGAGCUGAUAUCAAAGAAAUGAAAGACAAGACUGUUGCUGAGGUAUAUGGUAAAGAUUUCAUUGAAAACUGGAAUGAUCAGACUAGAGUUAAGAAACCAAUUAUUGCUGCUGUCAAUGGUUAUGCUCUUGGAGGUGGUUGUGAAUUGGCAUUGAUGGCUGAUAUUAUCUAUGCUGGUGAAAAGGCUGUUUUUGGUCAGCCUGAAAUUAAGUUGGGUGUUAUUCCUGGUGCUGGUGGUACUCAGAGACUUGCAAGAUACAUUGGCAAGGCUCGUGCUAGUGAAUUGAUUCUUACUGGUCGUAACUUCUCGGCUCAAGAAGCUCUUGAAUGGGGUAUGGUUGCCAAGGUUUUCAAGCCUGAAGAGCUUGUUGAUCAAGCUGUUAAGACUGCUGCUGAGAUUGCUCAAUUCAGUCCUUUGGCUGUCAAGGCUGCCAAGGAGGCCAUUAAUGAGGGAUAUAACCUUUCUCUUGAGCAAGGUCUCAAAUAUGAGCGCAGAGUAUUCCACACUCUGUUUGGAACUGAAGACCAAAAAGAGGGUAUGGCUGCGUUUGCUGAAAAGCGAAAGGCCAGCUUUACCGGCAAAUAA